AUGCUUGAAGCUGGGCUCCUUGUUGAAGAGGCGGUUUGGCGUAUGGCUUGUUGUGCUGUCUGUCCGGAUUUUCUCUCGCCUGAACCCUCUCCAUCGACACACGUUAUUACUUCGUCGGAAGCCGAUUCCACUACUGGAGGAUCAUUCGAGAUCAGCCCUGCUCUUUCUAUGGAACAGCAAGCACAUAUUGACAGAGUUUUCAAAAACCUGGCAAGUCGAUUGCAGCUCGCGGGUCCCAGUAAACGAGUGACUCUCCCUCAUGGAAAAAAAGCUAGGGAAGCUAUUAUUAAAGGUGGAUACUGUCUUUUCACUUUCUUUUCUCAAUGCAUUAAUUAUCUGCAUGGAAAUGCGCCUAGUUUUAGCUUUUGUUUUCCGCGCUAUAUUUUAUUUCGUUCUCUUUUUCUCCUGUAA